GAACUUUUUGAACAUGUGUAAUCAUAUCUAUUAGUUACAUAGAUUAGAGUUUGCUUAUGUUUGAUUGUCAUCGUAAAAAAUGCGAAUUCAUUAAUUGACAAUCGAUUUCGACAAUUUAGCAUAAAUAAUCUUCAGAGCAGAUAGCGAUUUAUUUAUGGACCGAAAAAGUACUCAACAAUGAUAGCAAUCUUAAUGCUUUUAGACAUCACACAUUAUACUAGUUAUUUGUACUUUAAAUUAGUAGCUCAUUGAGAAGAAAUAAUGAUACUAACAGUGUUAAUGCCAGUACCUUAAUCCGUUUGGAAAAUAAAAGCAAUGUGUUUAAUGCCAAUAGUAAACAGUCUCUAAGUGAAACAGUCUUUUGGCUGUAGUAUUGAAUUUUUUUAUAAAUGACUAAUUUCAUUAAAAAUGACUCAGUUAGUCAGUCACAACACAGAAACUGGGACGUAUGUACAUCGGUUAAAGUUUCCAUACUCAAUUAACAAAGAGAGUUGAAAUCGUUAGGGUAAAUCCCAGACUAGAUAGUAACAACAUCAGUGAUAAAAAAUAAGAUUCAAGAAAAUAUAAAUUAAUGAUAUCAACAGAUUACAAGGAUUUCAGAAGCUUGGAAUUUGGAAGAAGACAAAGGAUGGAUGCACUACGCCACUGCAGGCGAUUUUGAACCCUAUACUUAAAAGUUCCUAACCAAUAGUUAUGAUAAUCACAUGAACUCCAACCAGAUAGUAUACACCUGUUAAUAUAGCUCAGUCGAAACAUCAGUCGCUUCAUGGACGGAGGUUGAACAUACGUAUUACAUGUUCUAAUCACCUCAUUUGAUGGAGAUUUACUACCUCAUUAAUCGAUUUGCUAUCUUUACGCAGUAUCAUUUUCCUGACCCAGACAUUGUUCACUCUGUGGUCAUAACAUACACGAGCAAUGCUUCGAAGACACCUGCGAUAGAAUACUAGUAACGUAUGAGUAUCCUUCAUUCUUUAUGGCCACAUUUCACACCUAUAAAGUAGCACGGAGCGAACUGCCGAGAAGUAAACCCGUCCCUUGACAGAUAUCUCACCUACACCAAACGUAACGCGUGUUGGCGAAAACCAGUCGAGCUGUCUCAAUUCGUGCUGAGUUUUCACCAGACACCAAACCGUCGGGACUGAUGAAAUUCUCAGGAUAAGUGAAGUGGUCGAUACGUUCAAUUACUUCACUCUAUCAUUAAUUCAAGCGCUGAUGAAUCCCAAUUCUGAAGCAGCACUUUGCAUUUGGAGGGAGAGAACCUCAUUCCAAACAUGCUUACAUUGUUUCUUAACGUGUCUAGAAGACUCUGGAUCUUGCCAGCGUCUUCAAUUUAUGAAUUAAAAAAGGUGCAAAUUUUUAAACAAAUUUUGUUAAAAAUCACUUACGAUCGUAUAUCCAUCAGUUAUUAAUUAUAUAAUAGGCUUUUAACUCAUUAAAUGAGCAAAAGAUCAGUGAUAACAUGAUGAGAUGAUUCAAUCGUUCAGUUUCAUUUCAUUGAUCAGUGGCUUGGUUAAGUAAAAUAAACAAAGAAUUCCAUUUUGACAUCAAGAAGAAAUACUAAUAAAGUGGAAAAAUCUUUCGCUACGAUUAGUUUUUCAUCAGGGCUCUACACUACAUGACGGAAUAGAUCUACCCUGUGUCGUGGAUUCUAACUGCUAAACAUCUGAAACUUGAUCUAAUGUAAAAUUUCUAUCGGUUUUUUUUGUAAUAAUUUUAAUUUUAAAUCCUACUUACUUUUAUACUAAACAUUCAAUAGGUGUACAGAAGCUAUAAGUGCGUAAUUUAUGCAUUAACCAUCUAGAAAUGCGUAAUAUCAUGGUUGUAUUUGUUGAGAAACCUCACGUUUUUUCAUUAAUGAUACAUUAAUAAUAGUGUCAACGUAUGAGAACAUAUGUUCGAAUGGAUCAAUAUUUAUCUAUCUAACAGAUUUACAUAUAUGUCUUAGUCGCAUAUUUCUAAUAUAUUUACACUUUCUACUGAUUAUGACUAGCAUUUUUACUAUCUUAUCGGACUAUGCCCCUUGACAGGUAAAAGUCUGUUAAUACUGACUGAAGACCACCAUGGAAUUGGAAGAGAAAUAUUCCUUUUUCUUAAUUAAAAAGAGAUUUUUUAGUGUUUAUUCGACAAUAUAUUACAAACACUUCUAGUUGUUAAAUAAUAAAAGGAGAUUCUCCUUAAAUAAUUCACGACUUUUGUUGUAAAUUAAUGUAUUUUAUUUUACAGACUAUUGCAGUUCCUGAGAUUGGGUCAAAAGAGACAAACAAUAAUGAUAAUAAUAAUAUGUCGAAUAGUGAUUACGAAAAUAGUAAUAUUAAUACUACUACUAAUACUACUACUAAUAGUCAGUCAAGUUCUGCAACAAAACCCAAACCUGUCUGUGGCAUUGGUUUAGGCAAUAUCUUCAGUGGUCAACCUAUUCAAUUAAAACAAACCGCUUUAAAAGAAGUGGUCAAUAAGGAAAAUGAAUCAGUACUUGAAAGGGAUAUCGGAAACAGUAAAAUUCUUGAUGAUACUUCAUCGAAUUAUCUAACAAACCAAGUUCGAGCACGUUAUGAAUAUAUGCCGAAACAGGCAGAUGAGUUAGAAUUACACGUAGAUGAUAUUAUUCAAGUAUUAGAUCGUAAUCUACCUGAUGAUGGUUGGUGGAGAGGUAGAAAUAUGCGUACAAAUUUAAUUGGUAUAUUUCCGGACAAUUUCGUUUCACCUAUUAAUGGAACAAAUAAAGAAUUGGAUGAAAGUAAAUUACAGUAUUCUAGAAAUCCAUCUAAUGUACCAAAUAAAAGUGUAUCUGUCAAAACAAUAACACUACAAAAUGGUAACGAUAAUACUACAAACAGAUGUCCUAAAAAUACUAAUUCUACACUUCCACCAAACUCAAAUAAUCCAACUGCAUUUGAUACGAAUCGAAUAACCAAUAAUAAACCAACAUCACAUAAUUCCUCUACGAGAACAGCUAUUGUUUCAAGUUCUGGUAUGAUAAAUUAUCCACCAAAUAAUUUUACAAAUACUGUAUCUACCGUGGGAUCAUUAUCUUCAGUGGUAAGAUCAAAUUCUAUGGGCAAUUCAUUAAAUAUUAAUCAACCAACUUCCGUUACAACAAGUUCUGGUCUAAUUCAAGGAGAAAGUAGUUCAGCAAUCAAUGGUAAAUGGAGAUCAACUGGCAAACACAAUUCUUACGAAUUAUCAAAAGUUCACAAUGGAGAUGAUGGUGAUACAAAGUCUUUGGAUAAUACAAAUGUACAAAGGUUAGUUGGGUAUACAAGUGAUAGACCACGACAAACUGGUCGAAGACUGCCUACAAAGUUGUCUAACGCUACGAAUGCGGUUCCUGAUUUUACUCACACAUUGAAUACUCCAAUUCGAUCUAGUAUUGCAGCGUCAAUACCAAAUGAUGCGCAUGUGUAUGAUGCAUCAAUGACUAGGACUAAUGUAGCAUGUAUAUCAGCGAAUCAUGAAAGCAAUGUUGGUUCAAUGAGUGCUGAUCAAAUUGACAAAUCUAGUGAAUCGACAUAUAAGCAGCAAGGACGAACAUCUAGUCAUGCUACAAAUCCAUCACGUGCCGCUAAUCUUCAAGGCAAUGAAAUCUCAAAUGGUUCGGCAGAAUUAAAUCGAAGCUCGGAAAAUCUACUCAUCUCAUCAAAUCAAGCAGUAUUAAAUCAUCGUAAUAAAAACCAACAAAAUGAUAUACAACAUCAAUUUGACCAAUUUCAAAGUGAGAUUAAACAACAAUUACAUGAUAUUCGUCGUGAAUAUGAUACAUUAAAGGAAAUGCAUGUACAACUUCGAAAUGAUUGGUUAAAAGGACAGAAGUGUUUAACUGAACGAUUUCAAACUCUUAUGAAUGAACUUGAUGAAAUUAAGAAAUUAAGAGCCAACGAUGCUAUCGAGUUAUCUAGGUUUCGUAAAAUUUUAAUGCAAUUAGAUGCAAGUUCACUUAUCGAUUCAUCGAAUCACAUUAAUUUUGGUACCACUGAUAAUGAGGACAAGUCUUUAACUGAUACAGACGUUACAGAGUCGACUACAAAUGUAUUAAACCAAAAAAGUGUUAAUUUUAGAAAAAAUCCUUUGAAUGAAACUGAAGAAUAUCAUAGAGAUCAAAAUGAGAACAUUGGUUUAUUUGAUAAUAAAUAUCAAACAAAUCAACUAAAAUCAACAUCCGCUAAACCUUCACUUCGUCCUAGACCUAUUCCAACUUAUGGAACUGUCAGUAAUAUGAGUAAUUAAAAUUCUUGUUGCUUCUAAACUUCUCUGAUAAAUUUUACUUUGUUGAGUUAUCACUGCAGAGACUGUUUGCUUGAAUAGAUCGAUCGACUUACGUCAAGAAUUAAAACUAUUCAACGUUGGAAGUUCAAACAAUGAUAAGGGAUUUUUGUAAAUAAAUCCUUCCAUUCAAUUGUUUGCAUUCAUUACUUUUUAUUUCUAAUAAUUCCUUGUUGCACAUUCGUAUACAAAAACAUAUCUACUAUACGUUUAAAUAUUUAUACCUUGAACUUUUUUCACUAGUUAAAGAACAUUGAUCAUUUUUAAUUAUUACAGGUUAUUUAUUAUAACUUCAUUUGGUUUCAGUAAAUACUAUACCCAUUUUACUUCGACUUUUUGAGGUAUAGUCACUUUGAUUUUACCGUUAAAUGUUACAAUAUUGCUUCCCCAAGCUUAUGUCCUUUAUUCUAUAGUUUAAAUUGAUUUAGUUUUCGAGAUGAAACAAUUACUUGACGAACGAAUUUUGUUUCACUUUUAUAUUUUGAUUUUACGCUAUGUAAGCAACCUAAUUUGUCAUCUGUUAUGCCUUAUGAAAUAUUUAUUCAGUAUUUUGAAUACGUAAGCAUAUAAACUAACUCCUCUAUAAUCUGAUAGCUGAAUCAAAUAUAUUUCUUGUUACAUUAAUUUGAAGUUGGUAAAUAAAAUCUGUACGAU